AAGUGGUUCUAGAGAUGAGUUGGGAGGGAAUGCCACCUAGAUUAAGAUUUCCAAUAUGUUAUAUCCAUUGUCUAGGAAAGUUCAAUCUAUUUGUGAACAUGAGCUACUCUCUCUCAAAGCCAGAAACCACAGUAAAUCUCAGACUUGUGAUGCCAUCAGGUAUCGUCUGGAGCUGCUCCGUAAGCAGUGAAUGGGAGGCUGAUUUUGUGGACCAACAGAAUGUUUGUUUUCUUUUUAUAUAUAUCCAAAUUAGCUUUAUACUUGUGUUGUGUCUCAGUUCUGACACAGAAAAUGUUCCCAUAUACCCAGAACAUUCCUGUGUGCUCUUAGUGUCAUCUAGAACAUCUCCCUAAUUCACUGCCUAUGGAGCAGCACCAGACUCUAUACUUGAUGACACCACAAAUUUGGGUUUUAGCUCCCUAGUUUAUGGAUUUUAGAGAGAGUUGCUUAUAUUUACUAAUAUUUUUUGACUGUCAGAAGCAGGAAUAGCAUCUAAAUAUUGAAAGUGGGCAUCGUUUCCCUUUAAGUUUAUGAGAUGUAUUGAUGCUUGUAGACAUCCAGGCAAUUUUAACCUAACAAUUAGUUAGUCUCAUUAGUGAGACAUAAAACCCCCCUCAUCAUUAAUUUAAAAGUUAAGUGGACAUCUUUCAGUUUUGACCACUUACGUCAUUACGACUUCUACAAGCGUCAGAGAUGGACUGACGUCCCUAUACAUCUUCAACCCCCUCAUACUCUAUACCACACACACACACACACACACACACACACACACACCAAACCAUCAAAAAGCUGAUCAAUUCGGAUUGGUCUUUUUUUCCUUCUCCUGCAUUAAGACGGAUCAUCAUCCGCCCACCUCAACUCUGAUUUGACGAACGUCCUGGGUCACGAUAACGUCGCCCAGUCAGCCUAUAUAAGCAACAGAAAGUUUUCCAAACACCCAGCAAAAUCUCAAGUCAACCUCUGAUCAACAACAGACGAGAAAAAGCGCCGUCGUCCUUUUGCGUAAAAAGUGCCAAGACGUUUGCAGACAUGGAGAGGUCAGUCAGGUUUGCCGUGGUGUGCGUCGGUGUGUCUCUGCUCAUCUCCUGCCAUCCAGUCGAAGCUUGGUACAAGCAGUCGACCGGGCCCAGUUACUACUCGGUGGGUCGUGCCUCCGGUUUGCUGUCCGGUAUCAGGAGGUCGCCUUACGUCCGGAGGUCCGAGUCUGAGGAGACGCUGAUGGAGAGCGGGGAGACGGCAGGUAACAACGUGAUUCCAGAGACUAACAGGCAGAUCUCCAUACUGAAAAGCAUGGCCAUCUGCGUAAAGGACAUCUCUCCAAACCUGAAGAGCUGCGAGCUGCUGCGGGACGGGACGGGCACCUUCCAGUGCAAGGCGGACGUCUUCCUCACCCUGGACUCCCUGGACUGCCUGUCCGCGUGAGUCCCGGCCGGACCGGCGGAGACGGUCCUGGUCCUCCGCCGAGCCCCGGGUGCGCUUCUCUGGAAACGAAAUAUGAAGGAAAGGAAUGGGGGGUGGAUGAGUGUGUGUGGGGUGACGGCGCAGAGGAAAACCUGAUCACUGUCGAUGAUGGACCGCUGCAGACUCUGAAUGUCCUCUUAUUAAACAAAAACUCAUUGUUCAGUUUUGCUUUGGUUGUGUAGACAGGAGUAUAAAAGAGAAAAAAAAAACAGUGCGAGAGAUGUUAGUUGAAACCACAUUCUUUCCAGAUGACUUCCUGUCUUUACUGUUGAACCCCUGACAUGUACCCUUCGUUGCCAAAAUGUAUUAAAUGUCCAGACAAUUGACUGCAGAGCAGAUUUCCUGGAAAUUACUUUUAUUUAUUUUAUCUAUUAAAAUGAACAAACACUGGUAACCU